AUGGAUACCGUAGAAAGCGUCAAUUAUUCACCAAAUGUGCUAGACUUGCAUCUACUCAUGUAUGUAGGACAUUAUCUUCUUCUUCCUCUUCUUUUUCUGGAAUGUUUUAAGGAACUACUGUCUGUUCUGCAUGUUCGUCUCUUUUCACAGCAGCUACCGUUACAAAGGCCUGAGAAAAUUUCCAAGCAACUUGUGAUAUCAAGAUCAAGUUUGGGGUCAGGCCAAAAACUGUGUCGCUCCAUGAUGGAGGCCCCCGGACCAGGCCCGCGCCAGGCCCCCGCGGAGUACCAGUACGUGCACCGCCGCGCCGGGCACGUCAUGGUGGCCUACGACAAGCGGCUGUUCGUGUGGGGCGGCUACAUGGAACUGCCACAUGCACAGCCCUACACUUUGAUGACUACCAGUAAAUCAUCAUACCACAGUGCCAUUGACGUCUGGAUGUUUGACCCUCUUCUCGAUAAAUGGACCAGAAAGAUGAGUAGAGGUGACAUUCCCCAGCAACUCUCAGGCUCCUGUGCAGCUGUCCACGACCAGCACAUGUAUCUGUUUGGAGGUUGGGCUAACAUUGCGACUGAUGAUUUAGAAAAUAAUCUCAACUUCUUGUGGCGGCUCCACCUACCUUCGCUGACGUGGACGCGGCUCUUCCCUAAAGGUGCUCCGCCUUUUCCAUGUGACAAGGCUGCAUGCUGGGUCCACAAUAAUAGGUUUUUUGUUUUUGGAGGCUUUGGUCCUGCAGGAAACUUGAAAGAAAUGCAUGACACUGGAGUCAACUUUGUAUGCGACGAAGUAUAUUCUAGUGGCUGGAUUGAUCAGCUCGUAUACUAUCACAUAGGUAAAAAUGAAUGGGUUUGGCCCAAGACCAAAGGACCCAAACCAUCUCCUCGAGCAGCUCACGCUGCAGAUGUGUGUGGGGACAAUGUGUACAUAUUUGGUGGUAGGUUUAAGGAAACAAGAAUGAAUGAAUUACACUGCCUAGACCUUGUGGACUGGACUUGGAGUGGAAAUCUGACAGAUCUCAGCGUUCAGGAGGUUCCUGAUGGGCGGUCGUGGCACACGUUCAAGUUUGUGUCUGACAAUAAAGCUGUUGUUUAUGGAGGCUUCAACUCAAGACAGCAAGUUCUAAAGGACAUCUGGGUUCUGGAUGUCUCGAGUAGGAAGUGGUGCCCCUCCCUGAACUCCCACGCAGGCCGAAGACUUUGGCACACAGCAGCAGUGGCCCACCCGGGGGAAGUCACAUUUUAUGGAGGAAUAAAAAAUAACCUCUUGGAUCACACAAGGCCGAAGGAUCAUGCUGAGGAAAUGCUGGUGCUGAAAUUCAGUCCUUCAAGUUUACAAAGACUGACCAUUGAGGCCAUCUGUAAGAUUGGUGAGAAGCUGAGGCCCCAAUGGAAGGUCCUGCCACACACUCUGCAGCACAUCCUGGCUGUGCGCCUCUCACCAGACAACUUCAGUUAGCACACGCUGGUGCAGGACGACCACGCUGCUAACACCACUCAUAUCACUCUGCAGAUUGGCUCAAAAUCAUUGGAAGCACAGAAGUAUCUAUUGCCACCUCUUUCAGUUAAUUUUCCAGAUGUGUAUUACUGUAUUCCUGUGUUAAUAAUCAUGAUAAUUACUUUAAAUUUAAUGAUAGUAAUCCUCUCUCAGCUGGGUUGCCUUUAAAUUUUGGGGAUUGUUUUGGUUGAAGUUUUCUAUUUGUUUUUUUACUGACAUUAACAUUGAGCUUUGAGUGCCUUCAGAUUUUCCAACUCCUAGAUAAAUAAUGUAGCAUCACAAUCUUUGCACAUUUUGUCUGCUUUUGGUUUAUCUUCAAGGUUCCACAAGCCACAGCCUCGACACAUUACCUACUGUGUUCCUGUGUGAAACUUAGUCAUGUAAAAAUUGAUCCUCCAAGGCUAUGAUGGGCUCAUUUAAGGAAAAUUUUUUACACCCUUGAAAAGUAGCAUAUGUACGAAAGUCAACCCCCAAAACAUGUGCUUAACCCUAGAUUACCAGCGAUGUCUGGAAUUCCGGACAAACUUUGCAGGCUUGAAAACACAUAUAAGAAUGGUACAAAGUUUAAUUACAAAAUUUUUACUUAAACUAGAAUACAUUCUUAAUUCUUUGACCUAUAAACUUAACAUAUUACCCAAAAAUAACAUUAGGAAAAAAAAAAAAAAUGUGUGAAACUUUAAAAAAUCGCUACUUUUCACUAUUUACUUAAUGAAGGUACCACUGCCAGGCAGUGGUGGCUGAUUGUGUUGAAUGUGCCACACGUGGAGUUCACACAUCCCCCGAAAUGUUCCGGCCUCGGAAGCCCUUAUGCCUGCAUUAUACUUGACAUGUCAUAAUUACUAUCGUUGUCCGGAAUUCCGGACAAUUGGAAAUAGUUCAGGAAUUAAGCACGGGAAAAACACAAACUUACCUCAUACACCAAGGGCAGAAUGCUAACUGAGAUGUCAUGGCUGCAGAGCACCGUAGGUCUAACAGAUUUCCUUCCGUGAUGCUAAUUAACAUGCCGGGAUUCCGGACAACGCUGGUAAUCUAGUGUUCAAUUUUUCUAUGUAACAAAAUUUAACUUUUGUCUUGUCCUUGCCCACAAACCAUAAUUUUCCAGUUAUUUCCAUCUAAACAAAAUAGAAAAAAAGUUAUUUUGAUGCUAAAACUUUGCUUUUGUGGUUAGAACAAUGAAUUUACAUUUUUGCCUUAUUUCAUUAUAGUGAUGUGCUUAAAGCUUCCUCCGGAGUCUUCCAGAGGCCCAUAGACCCCGGGGGAAGCUUCCAGGCCAACAAUAGUAUGGGUUACUAUUGGUUUUCAUGUCAGGUAAAGACCUUUGCAAAAUCUCAAUUGCUUAUCUAAUUGCUUUUGAAAUGUUGCAAAUAAGUUAAAACAAUGAAAGAAAGAAUAUAAAGUGUUCUAAAGAUUUUUAAUUUUAAUAAGAUCAUUCUUGAACUGACCAGAUCUAGCAAGAAAUUUCUCAUAUUUAGAAGAAUUUGCUUACAUUUCAGAAAUCUCAAAUCUUCCAGAAUGUUCUACCAGACACUUUUAGAAGUUUCUAGAACAUUUUAGAACAUUCUAUUCACUGUAAACACAGUGCUGAUCUUCCUGUACCAGCUCCUCCAGAAAGAAGUCAACUAUCAGAAGAAAGCAGCAAGUCAGAAGAUGAGCUAAACAGAGAGGAAGACUGUGACAUCACAGAUACAGUUGUAGUUGGGAGGAAUCCUUACUACCCAAACCAAAGAGACCUCAAUGACCUCAUCAGAGAUCUUGGUUUGACAAAGUCAAAUGGUGAGCUUUUCAUUUCAAGGCUGAAGGAAUGGGAUUUACUUGAUGACAGUGUGCAAGGGACCAGCCAAAGAAAAUGUCACAAACAUUUCUCCAGCUUCUUUGCAAAGGAGGACAGGCUAUUCUACUGCAAUGAUAUAUCAGGCUUGUUUGAUGCUAUUGGAAUUGCUUGCAAUACAGAUGAAUGGAGACUUCAUUGACAGCUCCUCCAGAAGCCUGAAAGCUGUACUUCUGCACAAUGGAAACAAGUAUCCAUCUCUGCCUCUUGCUCAUUCUGUGCAUCUUAAGGAGGACUACAGCAGUGUAAAGCUUCUACUGGAAACUUUCAACUACAACAAGUAGUUAUUGGAGAGUUCAAGAUGGUGGUUUUCUUGAUGGGACUGCAUGGAGGUUUUACCAAGAAUCCCUGUUUUCUUUGCCUUUGGGACAGUAGAAACAGAGCAGCACAUUACCAGAGAAAGCACUGGCCUCCAAGGACUGACACUGCAGUGGGAGCACACAAUGUCAAACAUGAGCCAUUGGUGAAUCCUCAAAAGAUUUUGUUUCCUCCACUAUACAUCAAACUGGGUCUCAUGAAACAGUUUGUUACAGCUCUUGACAAGGAGUCUGCUGCCUUCAAAUAUCUUCAAGAUUUCUUUCCUAAGCUUUCAGAGGCAAAGGUGAAAGCUGGUAUCUUCAAUGGACCACUAGUAAGGAAAAUUAUGGAGUACUCAGAAUUUCUACAGAAGCUCACAGAAAAGGAGAAAAAAGCUUGGGAGUGUGUCAUUGCUGUAGUACAGGGCUUUCUUGGCAACAACAAGGCUGAUAACUAUAUGGAACUGGUUGAAGCUUUAGUGAAAAACUAUGGUGAGAUGGGCUGUAGAAUGUCCUUGAAGGUCCAUAUCCUAGAUGCUCACCUCGACAACAAGGAGAAUAUGGGAGCAUAUUCAGAGGAACAAGGGGAGCGCUUUCACCAAGAUAUAAUGAACUUUGAACAGAGAUAUCAGGGAUCUCUCAAUGAAAACAUGAUGGGAGACUACAUUUGGGGGCUCAUAUGUGAAAGUGAUUUUUUGUAUUCACGCAAAUCAAGAAAAACUGUUCAUUUUUAAUCCUAGAAAUUAGUUUCAGAAGUUUUAAAAUAAAUUUUUCUCAUUCGAUUUAUUUAUUUAUUUAUUUAUUUUUUGUCCAAAAAUGGUGAAAAUGGUGUUUUUUGGGGGCAAAAAAAUCAUUCUAAAAGCCACAAAAGCAAAGUUUGACAAGAAUAAUGGACAUUUUCUAUUGUUUUACAAUGAAAAAAGUUGGAAAAUAACACUUGCUUGUCAAAAACAAAAAUUGUGUUACAUAGUGAAUUAUUAGUUCAGAUAAUAAGGCUUGUGCAUGAGUAUAUACGCUACUUUUUGUUCUGUGGAUUCCAUCAUGAUUGUUGUUUGUCAUCAUUAUGUCAAAAAAACUGUUUGCCAUGCUAUGAUCUUCCCACUAAGUUUUGAGGUUUUCCAUUUGGCAGCACUUCGGGAUAUUUCAUUUUGUGACUGCAGUUUUUUUCUGAUGGUUUUUCAUAGUGUAUGUAAAUCAUCAUUAUUAGGAUUCACUCUAAUCAACCACUGCUUCUUAAAUGCAAUAAAUUACUCCAUCAAUGAAUCAUUUUUUUAUUUUUUUAUUUUGGUAUUUUCCUCUUUUUAGUGUAAUGAGAGCAGUGUAUUGUGGGCAUUUUUUUUUUGCCAUAAAUAAUAAUAAAUACACACACUAAA